UAUCAUUUCACAUGGUAACAUCUCCCAUCACCUUCCGCAGAAAUGGCAAAUUAUAGUGUCUGACCUUUUCAUUGCCACACCUCCAGUACAUUCAUGGUUUGUCCUUACAGGCAAUGUCACUAAAUCCUGAACUAUGUUUAAGUGGUCUUCUGUUAUGUUUGCUCUCCUUCGGGCUGGUUGGUAAUUCACAGGGACUGGAAUCGUAUCAAAAUAUUAACUUGGGAAAGAGGGCACUUCCGGGUGAGACAAGUGCUUUUAAUGCUGAGGAAUUUGAGGAGAUUGGGCCUUGUUCAGUAACAUGUGGUAUUGGAGUGAGAGAGGUCUUGCUGACCAAAGGAUGUCCUGGCGAUGAAAAAAAGUGUGUUAUAAGGGUGGAAGAAUGCAGAGGACCCGUGAGAUGUGGUUGGGGCAAACCUGUGUACAUAUCUGAUGAUGUGGUGGAGCUUCAGUGCAUUUUCACGAACCCAUCGAAGAAGUAUGACUUUGUCUGGAAGUUGGUGGCCACAGAUCAGGAGCCGAUUAUCCUUAAGGAAGAUCAACCCACCAUCCAUGUCGAAAAGGAAGACCAGCCUGUAGCUUACCAGUGUGACACACUACUUCAAGAUGAUGUUGUGGCAUCUAUAAAGUACUCAGUAUAUACUAAUACUGAGAUUUUAUCGAGAAGUGGAAAGCCUGCUUUGGGAGUCAAGUCGCAGAUAGUUUUGAUGGCUGUCGCUGGGGGUGCGGUUAUGGUUGUUAUCAGCAUAAUCUGUGGAAUUAUCUUCUUCUGCUUCAAAAGGAAAUCUAAGCAACGAGGGGGGAAAAGGAAGGUGCCACCUCCACGCCCUCCACUGCCACCUCAGUACGACACUAGGAAAGGAGGGCGGCGGCCGUUCAAGCCCGGCAUGAAGCCACCAGCGGGACAGCGGCCGAUGCCUGGGCCGCGGGGGCGUGGCCGCCCUCCGCCACCCCGGCCGCCACCGCCCAACCCCGCUGCCGCUGCCGCCGCCGCCGCAGCCGCCCGGCCUUCAUCGCCACGCCGCUCGCCUGCUCGGCCCCGUGGCCCGCCACCCCCGCGCCCAAGUGCACCCCCACCACACACAGUGCCACGAGCCGGGCCACCCAUGCCGCGCGCCAUGCCGCGCGCCCCGCCACCCGUGCCGCUCCCGCGCCUCUCGCCGCUGCCACCCAUGCGCCCGCCGCUGGGUGGCCAGGCGUCGCCAACCAAACGGCAGAUGGCGGACGACUCGAUGAACAUGGAUGAUGACGACGACAGCUUCUACACGGACGAACCCACCAUUGACGAGUAUGUGACAGCUCUGGACAACUCCAAAUUCUUCAAACAGUAAACAAAGCGAUGGAUGGCUGGAUAGACUCGGACCAGAUUAUUUCUCUGUAUAACUUAAUCUUAUUGAAACAUAAUCAAGGAAUAUUGACUGAAUAAUAAAGGCUUUGUUGGAAAGUAUGCUGGUUAUUAUUGGCCCUGGGCUAGUAGCCCAGUUGAAUUGGAUGUUUUAAUGCUCACCAGUUCACAAAUAUACAGUAACAGGCGUUCAAUUCACCUGACCCUCCCUUCAACUGUAGAUGGACACAAAAUGCUGGAGUAACUCAGCGGGUCAAGCAACAUCUCAUGAAAAAAGGAGGAGGUGACGUUCGGGGUCGAGGCCCUUCUUCAGUCCUUGCAACUUUUACUUCUUACAGGCUAUUCAAGUUUCAAACAAAGUCUAACUUUACUUUUGGCAUUGUGACUGUCACUUGCAAGGCACCUGCCUGAUCCUGGAAUUGGUAGGUGGGACAUAUAUGUCUAAGUCUAAUCAGCAUGAUAUAGUUUAAUUUAGUUUAGUUUAUUGUCACGUGUACUGAGGUCCAGUGAAAUGUUUUUUUUUAUGCAUGCUAUCCAGUCAGCGGAAAGAUAAUACAUGAUUACAAUCGAGCCACCCACAGUUCACAGGAACAUGAUAAAGGGAAUAACGUUUAGUGCAAGAUAAAGCCCAGUAAAGUCCGAUUAAAGGAAGUGCGAGGGUCUGCAAUGCGGUAGAUGGUAGCUCAGGAUCACUCUCUAGUUGUUGCAUGAUAGCAACAGGGAAGAAACUGUCCCUGAAUCUGGAGGUGUGCGCUUUAACACUUCUCUAUCCCUUAUGGACAAGAGAGAGGAGAAGAGGGAGUGACCGGGGUGAGACUCAUCCCUGAUUCUGCUGGUGGCCUUGCCGAGGCAGCGUGAAAUGUAAAUGGAGUCCAUGGAAGGGAGGUUGGUUAUGGGCCUGUUCCACUUAUGCGACUACAAGAGACUAUGUGGUCGCCACAUGUUCGCGGGUGGUUUCCGGGGAAAAUGUUGAAAAAUUAGCGGCGAUCGGAAUGAAGCCGCCAUGGAGAGUAGCGAGAAUUCUCGUGCCGUAGGUGCAGUGGUAGCGGGUCGCCAGGAGGUCGUACGUUGUUGUAGGUUCUCGUAAUUUGUCGGCGGUGCUGGCCGAUGAAUUUCAUUGUCUCAUUGGGAAAAAAACUUGAGCUGUAGUUUUCAAGAUAACCGACCAGUAAUGUUAAUACCU